UGAGUUUUUUCAAUAAAUGAUGCAUGCUUAGGUGAAUUUAAAAACACUUUAAUUAGUUUUAGAACUUGACUAAAUAACCCAAACAAGCUAAGAGGAAAAAUUAUAGCCAAAAUUAUAUUCAACAAUGGCGUCGGGUAAGAUUCUAUCAAUGAGUUUUAAUGAGAAGAGCCAUUAUGCAAAUAACUCAAGUUUUCAGAAAGAGGUAAUAGAGAAGGUAAAGCCCAUGCUAGAAGAAACCAUCAAAGAAAUGGGCAAGAAUGGAGGUUUCCCGGAGUGCUUUAAAAUGGCGGAUUUGGGCUGCUCAUCCGGUCCAAACACGCUAUUCCCCACGGUCAACGUGAUCAACGCUGUGAACGAGAGUUGCCGGUCGAGAAACGCCGACGUGCCGGAAUUCCAGGCCUUUCUCAAUGAUCUGCCGGAUAACGACUUCAACGCCGUUUUCCGAACACUCCCUUCGUUUCGCAAAAAUCUGGAAGAAGUAACGGGUUUGAAUGGCAAAGAUAAAAAGUACAAGCAUUGUUGCAUAGCAGCAGUGCCUGGCUCUUUCUAUGAUAGGCUCUUCCCUUCCAAUUCUCUCCACUUAGUUCAUUCCUCCUAUAGUCUUCAUUGGCUCUCGCAGGCCCCAGAAGGAAUAGAGAAAAUGAACAAGCGAGGGUUGGCUGUGGGACAGUCGAGUCCGCCAGAGGUGAUUGAAGCAUAUGCUAAGCAGUACGAGAAGGAUUUGACCACAUUUCUCCGUUACCGUGCCGAGGAGUUAAAGCCCGGCGGCCGGAUGGUCUUUGCUCUUCAUGGCAGGGGUACACAAGAUCACACUCAAACACCUUAUUUUGUUGACCCGUUGACUGAGGCACUUCUGCAAUUUGUCUCUCAGGGUGUUAUCGAGGAGAAAAAGGUGGAAUCGCUCAAUUUGCCUUCUUAUGCGCCCCACAAGGAUGAAAUGAAGAAUAUAAUAGAAACGGAGGGGUCAUUCACCCUUGACCGGCUUGAAGUCUUCGAAAUGAAUUGGAACGACAUGACCGGCGACGCCGAUGCCGCCACCGAUCCUGUGCCGGCGGCGGCGAAAUUCAUAACAAAAACGAUCAGAGCUGUUAGUGAGCCAGUGGUGGCUUCUCAUUUCGGAGAAUCCGUCGUUGACCCGGUUUUCCUCAAAUAUGAGGAGAUCGUUGGUCAACGUUUGGUCAACGAGGACAAGGCUAAGCUCAAGCUCUCGAGUAUUGCUGUUUGCUUGACUAAGAGGGAAGGCCGCACUUGAAAUUAUUACACCAUCGUCACGUUUAUAUAAUAUUCAAUUUUGAUUUUGAAUAACUUCUAGCCUUCAAUUCUACUACGGUAUUUGUUUCUUCACGAUAGAGUAUAUAUAUCUUGUGUUAGAGUAACUUAAAUGAAGUUUAUAUAUGACAUUUUUAUUGAAUUAUAUAGACCAACUUUGUUACACGAAUCCCACUAAUUUGAUGUGCAAAGUUAACCUAUAUAGCUUCAUAAAGUUUUUGGUAUCUAGUUUUCCACAUGUCAUAUGUACCAAUUGGCCGGUAUUGUAAAUAAAGUAGCUUAAUUAUAUUAC